AUGGGCCUCAUGGGCAUGUACAGGGGAUUCAACAACCCUGCAGUUGAGUCCAUCUUUGCAGACUCUGUACAGACCGGCAAAAGCAAGCUCUACACAUGGAAGCAUGUCAUCACGAGCCUGUCGUCUGCAUUUGGUCCAAUUGUGAGUGUGGUGCUCUUCUACAUUCUUGGAAAUCAGUGGGAGGUCGGUGACUGCAGGAUUGUGCUGCUCAUCGGCUUGAAUUCCAUGCUGAUUCCUCUGUGCGUCAUGUGCUUUUUCAAUGAUGAUCGCACCUUAGGUGCCAUGAGCGAGGCUGUCAGCCCUCUGAUAGAUGCAGAGCAGUCUCCGGUCAAAACAGUGCCCAGCAAUGAGGAUUUGAGUGGCCACCGUUCCUGCUGUUCGUCUGCAUUUCUUGUGCCAGCCCUGAUCACCUCUUCAGACCUAAUUGGGUCCCUUGCAUCUGGCAUGACCAUCAAAUUCUUCGGACUGUUCUUCAUGCAGAAGUGCGGCCUGUCGCCCGUGACAGUAUCUAUCCUAAGCAGCGUCAGCCCAAUUUUUGUCAGCUUUGGCUCGAUCGCAGCACAGUCCAUCUCACACUGGUGUGGGAAGGUGCCAGUGACAUUAGUCACGCGCGCAUGUGACAUUGCACUGCUGGUCACAAUGGCGUUCCUACCCACGGGAGACAGCCCUUUGAAGCUGGUGCUGCUGGCGGUGCACCUGCUUAGAAAGGCCUGCGCGAAUUGCACUCGGCCCCUCAUGCGCAGCAUCCUAAUGGAGCAUGUGCCCAAGCGCCACAGGGGCAAAGUGAACGCCCUGGAUAGCGUCAGGACCUUCUCAUGGUCGGGCUCGUCGGCUGCUGGCGGGGUUUUGAUCGAGCGCUAUGGGUUUCAGACCACCUUCCUGAUCACGGCGUGCAUCAAGACGGCCUCUUUUAUUCCGCUGCUUGUGCUGCUGUGCGUGCUCAAGGAGGGACCGCAAGGAACCUCCUGGCUGCCCCUCUGGUGCAGAAGGAGGCCUGUAAAUGCACUUGAGGAUGAUGAUACAGAAGCAAUAGAGGACAACACAUUGCAAGCUCCACUUCUAGGCAGAGCAGGACAGCAGUCUGGUGCUCUGCACCAGACUGCUCUGCAUAGAGAGGAAUGAAAUUGUACAAACUCGAGAAUGAAUACAAGCAACUGAUUUUUGUGUAUCAAUUUACAGUUGAGAGCUUCAAUACUUGUACAACCAAAAGAAUAUUACUCAAGUCGUAAAGAUGUCCAGAUUGUGUGCACAAGUGAGCGGCUGUUAUUAGGCUAAUGGAAACAUGGCCCCGGAUGUAUUCAAAAUGGAUAUAUGCCUUCUGAUGCAAAUCUUGUGGCAUCUUUUGUGGCCCACACAUUGUGGGCAUACUGCCAUUUGGCAACAACUCGCUCUCUCGAUCGUCGCAUGUCUUCAGAUUUACCAUUAAAGGGAUGUGGACAGGGGACUCUAAAUUGAUUUAGAGUCCCCUGAUGUGGAGGGUUCUGACAC